CCCGUCUCGCCUUCCUCCUCCUCCUCCUCCUCCGGGGCCGCCAUGGCGCAGCAGCAGGUGAGCAGCUCCCAGAAGGCGCUGAUGCUGGAGCUGAAGGGGCUGCAGGAGGAGCCGGUGGAGGGCUUCCGCAUCACCCUGGUCGACGAGUCCGACCUCUACAACUGGGAGGUGGCCAUCUUCGGCCCGCCCAACACGCUCUACGAGGGCGGCUACUUCAAGGCUCAUAUUAAAUUUCCUAUAGAUUACCCGUAUUCACCACCUACCUUCAGAUUUCUGACCAAAAUGUGGCACCCGAACAUUUACGAGAAUGGGGAUGUAUGUAUUUCAAUUCUUCACCCACCUGUAGAUGAUCCUCAAAGUGGAGAGCUGCCAUCGGAAAGGUGGAACCCCACCCAGAAUGUCAGGACUAUCCUACUGAGCGUAAUCUCCUUGCUUAAUGAGCCCAACACGUUCUCUCCAGCAAACGUGGACGCCUCCGUUAUGUUCAGGAAAUGGAGGGACAGCAAAGGGAAAGACAAAGAAUAUGCGGAAAUCAUCCGGAAACAAGUGCAGGCCACCAAGGCGGAGGCGGAGAAGGACGGUGUGAAGGUGCCCACCACGCUGGCCGAGUACUGUAUCAAAACUAAAGUGCCUUCCAACGACAACAGCUCCGACUUGCUUUACGACGACCUGUACGACGACGACAUCGACGACGAAGACGAGGAGGAGGAGGAAGAGGAAGACGCCGAUUGUUACGACGACGAUGAUUCCGGCAACGAGGAGUCGUGACCUGCCCCCUUCUGGCCCUUCUUCCCUCCCUCUUCCACCCGCCCGCCCAGCCUCCCAAUCGUACUGCCCCGCCAGUUUUGCCAGAGGGGACGCAGCGGUAAAUCCAAUGACCGUUCAGAAAAAAAGAAGAAGGGAAAAAAAAAAAAGAGAGAGAUAUACCUUCAAAGGGGCGGGCGGGUGGGGCGAAAAGACCCCAACCAAAACGUGCGUUUCCUGCUUUUCUCCUCUCGUACGGAUUCUUGGUUUCGUCCGUCCCCUCCAUCACUUCCCGGUCCUUUUGGCCUCGUAGCGAGAAAGACCUGCGCGGAUGAUCUUGGAUCGCACUUCCUUUCCCGUCCCAUCACUGUGUUUUUGAUUUCCCUCCCUCCCUUCCUCUCCUUUUUUUUUUUUUAAAAAAAAGACAAUACCUUCUCCCUGCCACCCCCCCUCCCUCCCUCCCUGCCUGCCCCUCUUCCCUUCCGGAGAGUUCACAGUACAGCAAAACAGUCUGGCUCUGUGUUUAGGUUCUCGAAUUAAACCCAGUCUUUCAUCAAGAGGUUUUGAUGUAUUUUAACGCCCGGCGGAGACCGUGGAGUGGGGGGGCACACUCCCCCACGAGCUUGCGUAGAGCCCCCCCCCCCUACUUCUUCUUUUCCGGGGUCGUCUUCGCUGCUCCUCGUGUGCGCACUUGUUUAGCCUUGUGGUGGUUGGUGCCGGUGGUGGUUUUACUCCUUUUUUGUUAUUUUUUUUCUCUCCCCCCCCCACUUCAAGGCGGAGGGCGAAAAGCUUCUGUGUUUUUGAACUAGGCCGCUGCCAGACCUGGUGCCGAAAAAGGCCCGCUGUUCCAAUUUCAAGUUUGCUAAGCUCACGGCGGGACGAGGGAGGUGGGUGGGAUUGGCAGCUUGGCAAGGGGGGGCUGAAAACCUCCCGAGGCAGAUCGAGGGGGGGGGAUCGUCCGAGUGGGGGAGCAGUUGUCUUGUGAUAUGAAUCUUCCAAUAAACACGUCAAAACGCGCACCGUUUUCUGUCCCGAGUUACAGAGGGUUGCAUCCAGGGAGCGGCUGCCUAUUUCCCCGAUGGCGGAGAGCAGCGCUGUAAUACGAGGCCAGGAAUGGGAUCUGGAACACGGCUUCUCUCCGCGAGACCCAGCGGCUUUCUGCACCUGUAGGUUUGCAACAGGCGCCUUGCCGCAGACGGGUCUGUCUUCGGAAGAAGUGAGCAUCACUUCUGGGGCUGGGUAGAUAGAGGGGGGCUGCCCCAAAGCAUUUCUUAAACCGAGGGAGGCUCUCCAGCCUUGGCAACUUUUGUGGACUUCAACUCCCAGAAUUCCUCAGGCAGCUAAGUUAUGCUGGCUGAGGGAUUCUGGGAGUUGAAGUCCACAAGUCUUCAAGUUGCCAAGCUUGGACAAGAGCCCUGUCUUAGACCACCCCAAUGCUGGAGAAGCAAGAAAUAGACUUGUCUAAAAGGAAACAAGGGUCGCCGGUUGCAAAUUCCAGAAGAGCCAUUAGAAAACAGAGAGGUGAUGGGGGGGGAGUCUUUGGGGUACGUUGCUUGUAUUCCUUUCUGGGCGGUAGACCUGAUGCUGUCGGAGCGAUGGCUCCUUGGCAGCUCCAUCAAGUCCCACUGCCCAGAUGAAGGGUUCCCCAUAAGAAGACUUAAGUGCUUUGGGGAACGACGGCAGGAGGUCCAAGUUUAUUUCGGCAGUGAUGAUCUCAAGGGAAACCAGCCAAGACCCAAUGAGUGUUUCUGGGGUACCCCCAUCCAUCCGAUUGCAGGAAAAGAGAGGCUGCUGGAGUGGUCCCAGACACCCAUCCAGGAAUUGUGCUUCUCCUUCAAACACUGGCUUUGCCUUUCAUCCGCCCCAUUUCUGAGCCUCUCGGGAUCCUAGCCAGGAAGGGCCCGCUUUGACCCCCAUUGACCCAAAGCUGCAGUUGGGUCUUCUCAGGUUGGAUGGCCCUUCAGAACCAGAGAGAUGGUUGCAACACUUCCUCAAACACGGAGCCCUUCAAUUUUGCUUCUGGCCCCCUGGUGGAAAGAAGGGUAACUCUGGGUGGGUCCCCCCUGUUGGACAAGGAGGGCCGUUCGGAUGAACCCCAAGAAAAGAAAAGACAAUGGUGGACAGAACGAUCCAAAUGCGUAACGUUUGGUUGCCAAGAGCCUGCUUUGGACAAUCUUAAUUUUAUUUUUUUUUCAUUCCCUCCUGCGAGAGGAACUCGUUAUAAACUCUGAAAAGUGUGCAGGAGUGGCGCUGUUGCAACGGGCACCCACGAAUGUCAGCCCUUGAAGGGGGUUCUCGAGGAGGAGGGAGGGGUGCUGGGUCCGGCAUUGGCAUCCUUGGCUCGGCUUGAAAUGAGGAUGCCGCGUCUUUCAGCUGUCUUGUAUUUUGACUGUAUUCUCUCCAGUGACUUGUACGCUGAAGCUUGGUGGUGUGCGAGAUGCGUUAUUAGACCUCCGUCCUUCCCUUGGGCUACGUUUUUACGGGGAGGGGGGCUGGGGAACCCCCAUCCCGCCAGCCAGGGCUGCCUCUCCUCCCCUGCGACAGACGGGGACGUUCCUCUCCGGCUUAGCACCUUGCUGGUUUCCCCUUUCAGGAUCCAACCGAUUUUGCUGAAAAUGCGGAUUCGAGAGAUUUGAGGACAAAUGUUUACUUGAGCCAUCCCUCGCCUGGUUCUCUCCUCUCUCUACCUUUUGUCUGCGUUUACAUUUGUCCGAUUCGAAAAGGAACCUGCAAUUCCUAAACCCGUUCCGAAACCAGCAGGGAGCACACUAGGAUUCUUUGGGUAAAAUUUUCACUGCUGAAAUUCUAAGUAUUUCUUCCUUUCCUUCGUUCUCUUCUUGGGUUGGUUCAAUUCCUUUAGACCAGGUUAACAAAGGCCUAUUUUUCUCUCUUCCCCCUCCCUCUUUCUUUUGUGUUGUCUUCUCUCUCUCUCUCUCUCCCUCCUUAUGGUAAUUUAGUUUUGGUUUUUCUGCACAUCUGUCUAACUAAUAAAAUGUGGAAUACAGUA